CUACAAGCUAAUGCUAAUCCUCACAUGAUGAAAUCAAAUGGAUCAAAUGCUAUAAUGAUUGCUAGUUACUAUGGUAACUAUGAGGUUGCUGAACUAUUGAUUAACAAAGGAGUUGAUUAUAGAUAUCAACGAAAAGAUGGUUGGAAUACUUUCAUGAUGACUUGUCAAAAUGGUCACACUCAAAUAGUUAAACUGUUGCUGAAAGAACAAGUUGAUCCCAAUGUUCAAAGAGGCAGUGGAGGAAAUGCUUUUAUGUCAGCUUGUGAAAAUGGUCACACUCAAAUUGUUGAACUGUUGCUGAAAGAACAAGUUGAUCCUAAUGUUCAAAAGAAAGAUGGUUGGAAUGCUUUUAUGUUGGCUUGUGAAAAUGGCCACACUGAAGUAGUUAAACUUUUGUUGAAAGCACAAGUUGAUCCUAAUGUUCAAAACAGAAAAGGUCAUACUGCUUUAAUGAUUGCCAGCUAUAAAGGACAUUAUGAAUUAGUGAAGUUAUUAUUGGAAUGUGAAGCUGAUCCAACUAUUAAAUCCAAAAAAGGCUACACUGCAUUGAAGUUUGCAAAAACUAUGGAAAUAUCAAUAUUACUUAAUAGUUACUUAAGAGAACAUAAUUUAGAAGAACAAGAUGAUGCUGGUAGUGUAUAUUCACAUACCACUGGAUAUCACACUGUGGCAUCAGAUAUUAGUAGUUUAAGAAGUUUUUCUUCUAAUUCAAGUUUAGGUUCAUUGAGUGAUAUUAGUAGUGAUGAAUGCAAUGCUUAAUCUUAUUACAGUAAAUAUUUUAGCUAUUUUUGUCAUAAUAUUUUUAGAGAGGAAUUUAAUGAAGCAAACAACAACAUAAUUAUGGAAUUAAUAAUUCAUAG